UGUUGUCCGGACGGCAAGACCGCGGCUCAAGGCGUUCACAACGGCGGCUGUCCGUCGGUUUGCGAAUGCAAUCGUCUCGGCUCUUAUAGUCUGACAUGUGAUCCCACGAGCAAACAAUGUCACUGCAAACCGGGUGUCGGGGGUUUGCGUUGCGAUCGCUGCGAAGCCGGCUAUUGGGGUCUUCACAAGAUCUCCGAAGGAAACACCGGAUGUAUUCCGUGCGCGUGCAACGACCAUGGUGCUAUUCGGGACGAUUGCGAACAGAUGACCGGACGUUGCGUUUGUCGCGUGGGAGGAGUUCAGGGCAUGAAGUGUGACGUGUGUCCCGAGGGCUCUGCUUUGGGACCCGACGGCUGUCAAGACCUGUCGUUGUUGAAGACUAUUGUCGGUUCGUGUGAACAAAUUGAAUGUCGUUUUGGAUCAGUUUGUCGCUCCAAAGGAUCCAAAGUUCAGUGCGUUUGUGACGUCUCGUGUGAUUUCGAGAGGAAAGCGAAACCCAUUUGCGGUUCAGACGGAAAGACGUCUCAAACAUACGGUUCUGAAUGUCUUCUCAAACUAUUCGCGUGUCGUUUCCAGAAACAUAUUCACAUCGUG